AUGAGUGAACUUGAAAAACCGAGCCCAGUUGACCAAGGCAAGGGGGAUGCUUUGUCCAACUCUGACCUCGGAAACAUCGUCGAUCCCGAUGCCGGCUUGUCAGAGGCUGAGAAGAAGGAAGCGCUCUGUCUUUUGUACUUGAUCUGUUUUCUUGAUCGCACCAAUAUCGGCAAUGCCAAGAUUGCUCAUCUGGAGAAGGAUCUGGGAAUGGACCCGAAAUCACUCAAAUAUGCGGCCACACUUAUAAUCUUCUUCGUCUCUUACGCCAUGUUCGAGGCGCUCGCCAACUUCCUACUCAAGAAGUGGAAGCCAUCCAGGUUCAUCCCAAGCAUCAUGAUCCUGUGGGGUUGCUGCAUGCUUGGCAUGGGCUUUGUAAAGGACUGGUCUGGUCUCAUGGCGGCCCGAUGGUUCCUUGGCGUGGCCGAGGCCGGUUUGUUCCCUGGCGUCAACUACUAUCUGUCAUGCUGGUAUAAGAGAAACGAAUUUGGACUGCGUGCUGCCAUAUUCUUUUCAGCAGCGGCGUUGGCUGGCUCUUUUGGCGGCCUGCUUGCGGCUGCCAUUCAAAAGAUGGACGGUCUCCGAGGUAUCCCGGGUUGGGCUUGGAUCUUUAUCAUCGAGGGUCUACUGACUAUCGCCGUUGGCUUCCUCUCCUUUUUCAUGGUGCAUGAUUUUCCAGACGAGGCCAAGUUCUUGGCUCCCGAAGACCGCGCGCGUGUGUUACUCCGACUAAAGAACGACAACCAACACUCUGCUAGGCACGAAGACUUCAAAUGGGACUACAUGUGGGCCGCCGUUAAGGACUGGAAGACUUACAAUGGUAUGCUGAUCUACAUGGGCCCUCUGAUGCCACUCUACUCUUUCAGCGUCUUUCUGCCUACUAUUAUUCAGUCCAUGAGCUUCACGUCUGCCGACCAGAUCAUCAGGAAUCAACUCCUUAGUGUCCCGCCGUAUGCGGUUGCAGCCGUACUGACAGUCAUCAUUGGAUUUUGGUCUGAUAGGGUACAAAAACGUGGCGUUUUCAUCAUGGGAUGUGCCGUUAUUGGAACAGUUGGCUUCGUUAUGUUGAUAUCAACAACUAAUCCGGCUGUCCAGUAUGCAGGCACCUUUCUUGGCGCCAUGGGUAUCUACCCGCCCAUCUCAUUAACAAUUGCGUGGGUAGCCAACAACAUUGAAGGUGUCUAUAAGCGCGGCAUUGUGCUUGGAUUUGUUAUCGGUUGGGGCAAUCUCAAUGGCGUGGUCAGCAGUGUCAUUUACCGAUGGCCACCUCGCUACUUCCAGGGCCAUGGAACUAUCAUUGCGUACCUGGUCGUGUGCAUGUUUGGAGGCAGUUUGCUCUUCGCUACUAUGCUCAAAUUCGAAAACAGGAAACGCAGCAAGGGCGAGCGCGACCAUUGGAUAGAGGGUAAGACUGAGGAAGAGAUCAAUGCCCUUGGCGAUAAGCGACCCGACUUCUUGUACACCCUCUAA